GUAUAUAAACCAUCGGCAGGGACAUAAAGGAGCCAAGAACUUCUUGUUGCCUCUAAAGUCUAAACCGCUCUUCCUUGCCAAAACCUCAUCUCCAGCACUACAAGCGAGAGGCAGCUAGCUAGAUAGUGAGUGUCUGGCAAUGGAAGGAUUCUCACACCUCCAACAGCAGAUGGAGUAUGGCCUCGCCAAUGCCGGCAGCUUCUUGUUCUCCCAUGGCAACCCUGAGGAUGCAGCAGCUUCGCUGGAGGCCUCAUCUGUGGUUCUUGACACUCAUCCUGUGGCCAAUGCUUCUCCGGAGAAGAAGAGGAAGCCCGGGGAAGACACUGCCAGCCUCAACUCUGCUCACUCCCCCAGGGAACCCAGCAAGGAGAGUACAAGGAAGAGGGGAGGCAGAAAACAGAGCAAGGAGAUGGAGGAAGAGGAGGAGCCAAAGGGGUACAUCCAUGUGAGGGCAAGGAGAGGGCAGGCAACAGAUAGCCACAGCCUUUCAGAGAGGGUGAGGAGGGAGAGGAUCAGUGAGAGGAUGAGGAUGCUGCAGGCCCUGGUCCCUGGUUGUGACAAGGUAACUGGAAAGGCCCUCAUUUUGGAUGAGAUCAUCAACUAUGUGCAGUCCCUGCAGAACCAAGUUGAGUUCCUGUCCAUGCGGAUUGCUUCCCUGAGCCCUGUGCUGUAUGGGUUUGGCAUGGAGAGUGAUGCUGCAUUCAGUGACCAAUCACAAAAGAUCGAAGGCAUGUUCCAUGGGGCAGCUGCAUUGCCUGCUGAUCCUCCCAUGACCAGAUCAUGUAGCCCAGCUCCAUCUCAAGCCAUGAUGGACACAGGCACCUCCUCCUCUUCCCCGCCCUACUCACUUCAUGGCACCCAGGACAAUGUCAACAGCAGCAGCUACAUGAUGCAAACAGUAGGCGAGCCGAGGCAGGAACUGUUCAAUCAAGUGGUGUUCAGCAACUACAUGUGCUCUUUCCAGCAGUGAAAGGACCCUACAUUUGACGACGGCUAGGAGGAAAUAAUGUUGGCCAGGGUGUGGACGUGUGGUGACUGAACCGAAGCACCAGAUGAGUUUGAGAUGUUGGAUGAUCUAGUGAUCCAUCCCCUUGUCUGGUGGCGUGCAUGCAGUAGUAGAGACCAGUGAAGUAGCAGCUAGAGUUGAUUAGUGAUUAGCAGUAGAACCAGAGAGGCUUGUUGUGAUACAGCUUUUUAAAGUGAUGCAUUGUUGCCAUCGCAUUGUACUCUACUUAGACAAAAGAUGCUGAUGAGGAGAUCAUUUUGUUCAUAUAUAAGAGAGCCGUUUCUGCUGUCUCAA